AUGGAGAAGGUGAACAUCGAGCCAUGUGUGAAGAUGGACACCCAAACCCUUGAUCUUCUCAAGAUAAGAGAUGAUGUCACAUGGUACAUAAGGAAGCUAGGCUUGAGCAAGCUCUUCAAGCUAGAAUGUAGUGAGUACUCACAACUCACCAAGGAGUUCCUCUCCACAGUAGCUCUUGCCUUUCCCAACCACAAUGGAGACCAACCAGCUGGUGAUGGACUCCUACUCUUCAAGAUAGGCGAUGCCAAUGGGCGCAUCUCCAUCUCAGCUCUAUGCCAACUCUUUGGACUUCCCAAUGAGACAGCACAUGACUUCAAGGAGAACUCAAAGAGGAAACAAGCUGCCUUUGCUGAUUGGACACACUUUGCCAAUGAACCAUUCUUGCCUUCAAGGUCAAAGGUGUCUAGAAUCACUCAUCCAGCCAUUCGCUAUGUGCACCGCCUCAUCUCCACCACUUUCCAAUGCAAACAAGAAGCCAACAAGGUCACAACUGAUGAGUUCUACAUCCUCACCACACCAUUCAUCAAGCAUGAGUACAAGGCCAACCUUGGACUUUUACUUGCCAAGACAUUCAUCAAUGUGAGGAAGCUAGCUCAAGACUUGGAAGGCAACAAGAAGCUUUGUGUUCGUUUUGGGAGGCUUAUCACGGCCAUAGUACUGCAUGUGGGGAUUGACAUUCCCAACUAUGAGCCACUACCCAAGCCAACCCCUUUGGAUCUCCAUGCUCUUCAGCACAUCCACUUCCUAAACCGUUGGACUAAAGACCCAACUCGGUUUUGCUAUGAGUUUCCAAUUGGUCCAGCCAACACUUCCCUUGUCUUGCUGCCACAUGAAGACAUCCCAAGCCUACGCUCAGGAGUUGUCACUUUCCAGCCCAAUGAGGAAGACUUCUAUGUUCCAUCAAGUGAGAAACCAUCAUUCCCCAUGCUCACCUAUCGCACACUUCAGCAUGCAGUCAAGACUCAACGCCGCCUCCAAGAACGCCAUGUUCUCACUACUGGCAUGGCGCGCACCAAGCUCUAG